CCCAUUGUAUGCCAUGUGACCAGAGAGAGCCUUGAAAUUAAAAUACAAGUCAUCACCGCACGGGGAAAGAGACAUUCGAAGUUGCUUUAUGUGCACAAGAACCCGGUAGUUUUACUAACUAUAUUAUACUUUGUACAUCAGUCGUACGUAUUUGACAGGCACUGUCGACCUAAUGCAGUGGUUGUCAUGAUUCCUUCGUUUCGUUUGUAAAAGUUUUCUGGACUUGCUGGCCAGCUAUCAAGCUCACUAGGUCGGCAACAUUGUAGCCUGCUGUUAUCGCUUCAACAAUCUUCCCCUCCCCACUGGAGAUCUGCGACUGUUGCAAGUCGUUUUGGGGCACUUCUGUCAAAAUAACCAUGAAUGGAGGAGGCUGUCACAUGAGUGGCGAAGGAGGUGACAGUCGCGGGGGUGAAUCUGGAUCAAGACCCACUAUCACGCUAGAGGACUUGGAUGCCUUCAACGAGGAUGACAUCGAUUCAGACCUCUGCAGAAGCGGGUGGGCGGAUGGGGUAAACGAUGCUAUGGAAGAAGAGGGUCAGGAUAGCCUGUUAAACUACUGGCAGGACAUUGGCAGAGAGCAUCAUGUUCAAAUUCCCCAGGACAUGGCCCAGCCCAUCCAACAGCUAACCUCAGACACAGAGAGCAUGACGGACAGGGAGAAAGUCCCCUUCACACUGAUCACAUGCAAAGAGAAUUAUGAGAAGAGAGUCUACAACCAGACCAGCUGGGCGUGUAUCACUGUGCGAGAGGACACGUACGAGCAGAGCAUCUGUGCCGGCUUCAUGAAGCUCAUGAGAUAUAUCUGCCAGCAGAAUACCUCAGGUAACUACCUGGGUAUGACCCUUCCCAUUGUGACGGUGGUGAGGACUGAUGACUCCCGCUCCAGCCUAUCCAGAGAUGUGACGGUGGCCUACUACUUACCAUCCCAACACCAGGACCAACCCCCCACGCCCUUUGACCCUGACAUCACCAUGGAGACAUGGCCUGCCACCGUAAUCUACAGCAGGUCGUUCAGUGGACCCACUACUGAGACCUCUAUCCUAGGGGAGAUCCAUGCUCUGGGCGAGGUGCUGGACUCUCCACAGCUGUGUGUGAGCGAGUCCUUCAUCGUGGCCGGCUAUACCAGCCCCGCAGCCGCACACCGACACAACGAAGUCUGGUUCCUGGAGCGCUGCUGAAGUGGCUAUGUAGCACUACAUUAUUAACACAAAGUAAAAAAUUGAUAAACACUCAUUACAGCAAACCAAAUCGAAAGCCUCACACAAACCAAAAAUAGCAGAAUUUCAUAAAUUUGGUACAGUUUACGUCAAGGAAACGAGUACACAAGUAUGCUUCAUUUUUAAAAUAUAUUUUAAUUGGGCUGUGGUCUCAGGCAGAUAAUAUAUAAUACAGUUUUUUACGAUCACUUUGGCACAAUUUCAGAACCAAAACUCAAAACGGUCAUCACUUGUAACACAGACUGUCCCAUGUUCAAAACAUUGCAUUGUGCAUUCAUAUAUUUAAUGAAACCUUGCACUUGCAAAAUCAUUAUUUCAAAUAACAAAUUUAUCAUGAAAUACCAUAGGAACAUUAAUUUAGAUCACCCACACACAAGAUACAGAGUUUCACUGUGUAGUUGGUCGUACACACAUUAUAUAUUGUAGUACAAAAUAUGUGAUACAUGUAGUACCAUAAUGAAACAUGUAAGUACAUCACUAAAAUAACUAUUAGAGCGAAUACUACAGACACAGUGGAAUCAUUGAACAAAAUGAGACAUUUAUUGAUGAAAUACAAGUCACAACAGGUUUCUUUGAAUCAAAGCAAAAAUAACUAGCUACAAAAAAAAAUAAGAAACUACAGUAAAAUGUCAAGUGCAGUGUUCCUCACCUGGCUUACUAUAGAAAGCUAAACAAAUUAUUGAUUACUGUACUUCUAUAUUUCCAUCAAACCUGUCUUGUGGGUUUGGCCACAGGUUCUCAUCCAAAACACAAUGGAUGUUUUCAUUAGCCAAACAUCUUGGGAAGAAUCUUCGGGCGAAUCCAGGCCUGACACUGGUCUGUUGUGAUGUCAUUGCAUGCGUCAUCCAUGGCCUGGAGAAGGGUGGCUUGUUCAUGAGGGCACCUAUCAUAUACCUUCCACCACCAUGUGGAGAAAAUUCCUCAAUUGGGUUAAGGAGAGAAUGGGGGUAAGUACAGGGUGGUAAAAUUGUGGAUGUGCCUGAAACUAUGCUUGCACCAUUUGAGCAUGGUGGAACCUGACAUUAUCCAACACAAUGACAUAGGUCACGCCAUCAGCUCUACAGACCUGAUUUAGCUCAUCAAGGAAGGUUACAAGGAGAGCUGCAUUAUAUGAUCCAAUACGAGGUCUGCGUCCUACCACACCAUCUUCCGAUAUAGCAGCACACAUGGUGAUGUUGGCCCCACGUUGUCCAGGUACUUGGAUGGUUGCACGCUGGCCAAUUAAAUUCCGACCUCUCCUCCUUGUCUUGGCCAGGUUGAAGCCUGCCUCAUCCAAAAAGAGGAAUUUGUGAUGGUUUUUGUUAGCAUCCAGCUCCAUCACCCUCUAAAAAGAGAAUUACUGAUUACAAUGAUGUAGAUUUUGGGGGGUAUUUUUCACAACAGGCAUCUUGAAACUGAAAAUACUCGGUCCUCAGUUGCUUCACUCUGUCUGCAUUUUUUUCAAAAGGCACAUGGUAUAGCUGGUUUAGAGACACCUCGUGCCUUUUCAGCAUGUGGCUUCCACACUUUUCAAUGUAUGGCUUCCACAUUGUUGAACAUUGUCCAAGAUGUGCUGCCGACUUCUGUAAGAUGAAUAUAAUUUCUGGCCAGAACCAAAUUGACCACAGACCGCUCUUACAGGUCAGUCAGAAUUUUGCUUCUGCCUCCCCUAUUUGGCCUAGUCUCAAUUCUGCAGGGAACAUUACAGUAAGACAUUACAGUAAGACAGGUAGGCCAGUUGAGAACAAGUUCUCAUUUACAACUGCGACCUGGCCAAGAUAAAGCAAAGCAGUACGGCAAAAAAACACCAGAGUUACACAAACAAACAUACAGUCAAUAACACAAUAG